GAUUGAUGUCUUCGUCGGCCGAGCGAUGUCGGGUAGACUCCAUGUCGCCGCGUCCUUUGACCUUCGAUGUCCCGCUCUGAGGACGGACAUUGGUAACGACUUGCCCUUUGGAGAGCUCAGGACUGAAGACCAGGAGCCGACUUUCACUGCCGUGUACGAAUUCGACCUCAUCCGGAUGGACUCAUUGCCAAUUACCUACUCCACGCUGCAUCUCAUCCCUCCCAGGGCGGAUGCUCGCUGUCUCUGAUCAACAGCGAAGAGUCACUUUACAACUCUCUUGACAUCCCGAGCUCUCUGGAACUACCAUAUCUCAACUUCAAGAUGGCGGUCAAAGAGGUCAAAGAUGUCCUGGAUUUGCGUGUGUGCAUUGCGGGUGCUGGCAUGGGGGGCCUCGCAACGGCUCUCGCCAUGGCAAGUCGUGGAUUCAAAGAGAUUCACGUCUAUGAAUCAGCAUCGAAUCUAGGUUUCGUUGGAGCAGGCAUUCAAUUAGCACCGAACAUGGCAAGGAUUCUCGAUAGAUUGGGUGUCUGGGCAGACAUUGAGAAGGAUGCAGUUGAUCUGAAAGGCACAACCAUUCGACAAGGAUCGACCGAUGACGAGCUGGGCAAAGUAGACCUCAACUACAUUCGAGCAACAUACGACUAUCCACACAUGGUAGGACAUCGUGCAUCGCUCGCUGGAUCCAUGUACGAAGGCUGCAAAAGGGAGAAGAGCAUCACCUUUCACUUCUCCACUUCCAUCAGAAAUGUUGUCUCGUACGGUCCGAGUCCAGCCUUCACCGCAGUCCCUCGAAACGGCGCGCCUUACGAAUUCAAAUGUGACGUUUUACUAGCCGCUGACGGCAUCAAAUCUGUGGUCCGGGACCAAUUGUUACGUCUACUCGACAUCGACGCCAAAAUCAUCGACACUGGCCAAGCCGCAUACCGCAUCCUGCUCACGCGGGAGCAAGUACAACACGAUCCCGAACUCCUCGAGCUCCUCGACACGGAGGCCGUUACACGUUGGAUAGGAGAGAAACGCCAUAUCAUUGCCUAUCCCGUCUCCGGCAAGCAGAUCUACAAUGUCAGCACAGUGCAACCGGAUACCAACUUCGCCGUCGGCCCAUCAGCGACGUACACGACCAAAGGUAGCAAGCCGGAGAUGAUCAAAGUCUUCGACGACUUUUGUCCGAAAGUUCGACGGAUGCUAGAUCUAGUUCCGGAUGGCGAGGUCUGUGAGUGGAAACUGCGAGUCCAUGAACCCUUGCCGACAUGGGUGCACGAGCAGACAGCGCUGGUAGGAGACGCAUGUCAUCCGACUCUGCCUCAUCUAGCGCAGGGAGCAGCCCAAGCAAUCGAAGAUGGAGCAGUGCUGGCUGCUGUUCUUUCCAAACUGCCAGAGACCAGCCCCGAGGCUAUUAACAAGGCAUUGAAGGUGUACGAGGAGAUUCGCAGAGAACGAGCGUACACGCUGGUGAACUUGGCGGCUGCGAGUGGAAAGGCUUUGCAUCUGGGAGACGGAGCGGCAAAGGAGCAAAGAGACAAGCAAUUUGCGGCUUCCAAGGAUGGCAAUGGACCGGUCCCGGAUAAGUGGGCGGAUGCAGACGUGCAGAAAAUCAUCUACGGGACAGAUGUGGUCAAGGUCGCCGAGGAGGAGUUUGAUGCCAUAUAUGCA